AUGAACGGACACGCCGUCAAGGCCCCAAUUACUGUGGCUGACAUCAAUAAUAUCGGCUUGGAAUCACUACAAUCUCUUCAAAUACUCCACCCCACCAUCCGCUUCGUCCGUUUUCAAUGGCAGGAUCUCUCCGGUGUCUUGCGAGGCCGCGUGUCCACGCUCAGCUACGCACUGCAACUAGCAAAAGACAAUAAACACAUUCGAGUCUCCCCCCUGAGACUCCACUGCAUCGUUGACAACUUUUGUUCUUUGGGUCGAUCUCGGAGUGCAGACAUCUGCCCUCGCACUGCCAUUGCAUCCACCAUCGCCAAAGCUUCGGCCCAACAUGGAGUGCACUUCCUCAUUGGCUUCGAAAUCGAGUUUGAGGCGGUGAAGGUGAAAUCUCGCAGUGGUGAUAUCACCUCUGCCAGCACAGACUUCGGUCGCUAUGCCCUCCGAGACCCCUGCUGUGUAUAUGUUGAGGAAGCCGUCCUCACUCUCGUCGACUCGGGAAUCUCAAUUCAAGAAUUCCACUCCGAAGGUGCCAUCGGUCAAUACGAGAUCACACUCCCCCCCUUACCCCUUGUCGCAGCCGUCGACACCUUAGUCUUCGUCCAUGACACGCUCAAGCAUGUCUUUGGGCGUUACGGCCUACACGCAAACAUGUCCCCGGUCUCUAUUGCAGGCCAUGGAACGGGGCAGGGAACCGGCCAGCACACGUAUAUCUCGCUUAAUCCCCCGCUCAGGGAAGAAUAUUUUCUAGCGGGCAUCUUAAAUCGUCUACAAGGGCUAUGCGCGUGUACGCUGCCUUAUGAUAUAUCUUAUCGCCGAGUGGCGCCGGCGCUGGCGGGUAAUGUUGUGGCUUGGGGCACACAACAUCGGCAAAUGCCUGUUCGGAAGAUUAACCCGGGGCACUGGGAGCUGAGGUGUGUGGAUGCCGCCGCGAAUAUGUACUUUGCAUUGGCGGCGAUGACGGGGGCGGGAAUGCUGGGAAUCGCUAGAGAAAAAGCUCUGGUAUGGCCAGAUAUGGCCGACGGAGCAAAAACUUCGCUUGACUUGGAGGAUUGGCUUCGGCUGCCCAUGUCUGUGGACGAGGGUCUGGAUUAUCUUGAGAGUGUACCGGUGAGCUUGAAGGCAUGA